AUGAAGGAAGCGCUGGAGCUGUUGUGCCGCGUACCGGCGCAUCCCGAUUCCCGCUGCUGGUUCCUGGCCUGGAGCCCCGGCGGCGGCCUGUUGGCCUCCUGCGGCGGUGACCGCCUCGUCCGCCUCUGGGGAAGGGAAGGCCAGGGCUGGUCCUGCCGGGCCGUGCUGGGCGAGGGGCACCAGCGCACGGUGCGCAGGGUGGCCUGGUCCCCCUGCGGCUCCUACCUGGCCUCCGCCAGCUUCGACGCCACCACCUGCAUCUGGAAGAGGCAGGAGGAUGGCUUUGAGUGCGUCACCACUCUGGAGGGGCACGAGAACGAGGUGAAGUCGGUGGCCUGGGCUCCCUCCGGCACCCUGCUCGCCACCUGCAGCCGAGACAAGAGCGUCUGGGUCUGGGAAGUGGAUGAGGAGGAGGAGUACGAGUGUGUCAGUGUCCUCAACUCCCACACACAAGAUGUCAAGCACGUGGUCUGGCACCCCAACCAGGAGCUCUUGGCCUCAGCCAGCUACGACGACACGGUGAAGCUGUACCACGAAGAGGAGGAUGACUGGGUGUGCUGCGCCACGUUGGAGGGCCACGAGUCGACGGUGUGGAGCGUGGCCUUCGACCGCAGCGGUGAGCGCUUGGCUUCCUGCAGCGACGACAAGACGGUGCGCAUCUGGCGCCGCUACAAGCCGGGCAACGAGGAAGGGGUGGCCUGCAGCGGCACCGACCCCACCUGGAAAUGCGUCUGCAACCUCUCUGGCUACCACACCAGGACCAUCUACGACGUGGCGUGGUGCCACCUCACCGGGGCGUUGGCGACAGCCUGCGGCGACGACGCUAUCCGGAUCUUCGAGGAGAGCGCGUCCUCCGACCCGCAGCAGCCCACCUUCGGCCUGGCCGCCCACGUUCCCCGGGCGCAUUCGCAGGACGUCAACUGCGUGGCCUGGAACCCGAAGGAGCCGGGCUUGCUGGCCUCCUGCAGCGACGACGGCGAGAUCGCCUUCUGGAAGUACCAACGUCCUGAAGUUUGCUGACGGGUUUAAUCGUUUUGCUCCUUCGGCGCUGCCGCCAGCACGCGGCCCUGUGCCGGUGCUGAGGGCACGGCAGCAGAGAGGGAAACCGAUCUCUGCUGCGUGGGUUGGGACUUUUGCGUGCCCCCCAGGACCGCGGGCGGCCCACCGGUCUCCCCGGGGCUGCGCACCUCUGCUGGGAUGCGGCAGGCUCUGGGAGAAGGGGCAGGAUUUGCUCCCCGCUCCUUCCACCCCACACUCAAUAAAUCGGUGUUCUCCUGGCCAAA